AUGAAUUUCCCUCCAUCUCAGAUGCAACCUUCCUCCAAUACUUUACGAUCGCCGGUAUUUCUUCCGGAUGAGCUUGUAACCGAAGUACUUUCCUCCCUUCCUGUAAAAUCUUUUAUGCGAAUGAGAUGUUUGAGUAAGUUCUCUAAUUCUCUCUAUACUAAUCCUAUCUUCAUCAGAAUGCAUCUUCGUCGAUCUGCACAAAACCCUCACCUUGCACUUGGCACAAGCAAGACUAAAACCUUGGUACCCUUCCCUGUUUGCCAUUUACUCGAAAACCCUCAGGUCACACUUACUGACGAACCACAUUACCUUAUCGACAAUGUUUGUCUCGUCCGAUCUAACAACCAUAUCUUCCACCGUAUUGUUGGUUCGUGUAAUGGAUUGAUCUGCUUGUUCACUUAUUAUAUUACGCCUAUAAACUUACAUUUCCGCUUCCGUUUCUGGAAUCCAUCAACUAGAAUAAUAUCUAAAGUAUUAGGCAAUUUAUGCAUUUUUGGUGAUAGGGUUAAUCGACAGACUUACAGGGUUAAUCAACCAAGAUUUUUCAAGUUCUCCUUUGGCUAUGAUAAUUUAACCUCGAAUUUUAAGAUUGUAUUGUUAAAUUUUCAACCUCACAAUGCAAACAUAAUAGAGACAAAAGUGUUGAGUUUGGUUGAUAAUAUCUGGAGAAAUAUUCAAAAUUUCCCAGUGUUUCCUCUUCUGUUCAUGUAUCGCUUCAACAGAAGUGCGUUUGAUGGUGUUUAUUUGAGUGGCACUGUGAAUUGGUUGGCUGUUUUUGACUCUAAGGUUAAAUCUCUUGAGAAUUAUGUUAUUAUUUCUCUUGAUUUAGGAAACGAGAGAUACACGCAGAUGCAGCUGCCUCAUGGUUUUGAUGAAAUGCCGCGUGUUGACCCUACUAUUAGGUUGUUGACGAAUAGUCUUUGCUUUUCUUAUGAUUUUAGACAAACUCAUUUCGUUAUAUGGCGGAUGAUGGAAUUUGGGGUUCAAGAAUCUUGGACUCAGUUUCUUACCAUUAGAUAUCUGAAUCUUGGAAUUGAUUACAACUUUGGAGAUAAAAAAUUUUAUUUGGUGCCUUUGCAUUUGUCGAUGAAUGGUGAUACAUUGAUAUUGGCAAGCAGCUUAGAAGACCAAGCAAUGCUCUAUAACAUAAGAGAUAACAAUGUAGAGAGAACUAGAAUUACCGAUAAAAUAGGUUGGUUCUCUGUCAAGGAAUAUGUAGAAAGUUUGGUUUCAAUCUCUGAUUAG